AUGCAGCUCAACUUCCCGACCCUUGCUUUAGCCGCUGGGCUUGCCAGCAACGUCCAGGCCGCCGCUAUCGUUUCACCCCGCAACGAUUCCAACCCUACGCUUAUGUACAGCCGGGCCGUCGAAGCUGGAAGCCUGCAGUACUGGGGUUCUGCUUCUGAACAGCCUGUCAUGUUCGAUUGGGAAGCCGCCUGGACAAACCCGGCAUCCUGGCCACCGGUCCCUUUGUCGGAUGCACCGACAGUCAACCAGCAGUGCGGCAAUGAUGACGUGUUUUGUUCCGAAGUAAACCUCGCGCCUACGGAUCUGUGCGAGAAAAUGAUCGACAUCCUGAUCCGCAACCGCGGCGUCGACAUCCCCAGCGGCGUGAACGGUCUCUCGCUGACCUCGGGUCGCUGGGUCUGCUAUAUGGCCUGGAGGAGUUCAGUCGACAACAUGCGCCAGGGUUAUCUCAUCAACGCUGCUGAGGCCACUCUGCGCAAAUGUGGAGCGAAUGGGGCCGUUUCGGGUUGGGCAGAAACCGUGAACCUCAACAACGCUUGCACCAGCCAGUGUCUGUCCAACCGCUUCGACUGUCGAUAG